AUGACACCCCCGCGGCGGCGUCUAGCGGCAAUCCGUGCAUGCGAUCCCUGUCGGCGUCGAAAGGUCAAAUGCGAUGCGCUGGAAAUUUGUGCAAAUUGCCGGACUUCUGGGCUCGCAUGCCACUAUACGACACUCCCCAAAAAGCGGGGACCCAAAAGUGCCCAAAGGCCAUCAUCAGAAAGAUGGAACGCGGCGCCUGUAUUAGACAACAAUCUUCUGGAUUCGUUAUGGGGGAAUCCCAGUCCCGCAGGGAAUACAGCGAUUUCACCUCCCGGAGAGCAAGGAGACAUGCCAUUGUCACAAUUGGCUGGAAUCGAGGAGACUUCCGCAGCCCUGUCCGCACAGAACAUCAGGGAUCGCUUGCUACGCUCAAUGAGCUCUGUGGCACCCUCAUCGGUGCCAUUGAACAUUGUGGACCGCUGCAUCCAUCUUUACAUGCAGUACACGUUUCCCACGGCUCCGAUCGUGCAUGAGCCCACUCUGCGGGAGUAUGCGACCACCUUCUUUUCUGGUGCCAGCACGAGGCUAUUCGCCGCGCUCACAACCGAAGAGGAGGUGGCGCAUAUGCGGGCGUUUGCCCUUCUAAGUGGAUUAUGCGCGUCGGUCGCGUCGGUAAUACCAAUCUCCCUAUUACCGUAUCGGCAUUUGAUCGCGAAGCCAUGUCUUGAUGCAUCACGCGAAAUGCUGAGACUGUUUGAGGACUACGAUGUAGAGAACCCGAAUUCAUCUUCAAUCGUCACGCGCAUCUUUCAUACCACUGCCUUACAGAACAUCACCGGCAAAACGAGGUUGACUUACCACAUUCUUGGUCAAGCGGCGCUUUUCAUCACAAACAUGCGUCUUUAUAGGGAAGACGUUCUCCAAUCGCACGAUCCCCUUGAGGGCCAAUUGCUACGCCAUAUCUACUGGCAAAUAUAUGCAGCUGAUCAGGCAUCGUUGUGUUUGCGCAGUCGCCCCUUCCAUCUACAUCAGCUGCUAUAUAACGAGGAAUCAACCAUAUGCCCCCCAGGGAGAAAACCAGUCGUCCCUCAGUUCGAUACUACCACCGGGUGGUAUGACGUAGUGUUUGAGGAACGCAUGCUACUUUCCUUCCAUCUUAUCCCUCGUCUUUGGUCGACGGCAGCCGCGUUGGUGUCUGAUAUGAGGAAAUGCAAAAGAGAGGUAAGUGACGCCGAAAAGUCACGGUUUUCACAAGCAUACAUGGAAUUUUUGGGUAUCAUGGACGACCUUCCAUAUUGGCUACAGGCCUCUCAUCUGAUAUUCUCUCCCAAUGACGGGGAUGCGGUCCAGUUUCACAAGACAGCAUUUUGGGUUCAAAGGUGUACGAUUCAGGUAUCAUUCCAGUGUCUACGAUUGGUUAUUCUACAGCAGUGCAUUGGUUCUGAACUAUGCGAUAUCAUGGGGUUAAACAACCAGCCUGUGACCUUCCAAAUGACAAAAAUCGGGAUGAUUCAAGAUGUGGUUCAAACUCUGGAUGAUAUUCCAUUUGUCUUUUUGUUAGUGAAAGGAGAACCGACAGUCGAAAGAAUUCGUCUCGUCGGUAGUAUCCUUCUUGAGGUCCUGGAUCAAGUGGAGGACGGGCAUAUCCGAGUACGUGCGAACCAUUUAUUUACGCGUCUUCUAGAUAUUUUGUCCCGAUUUGAUUCAAAGUCGUCUGAUGUCCUGGUCGAGAUGAGGCAAUUGGGCGAGAAGACAGCCGAGUCGCGGCGGGACGAAACCCCCAAGUGA